UCAAAUCUAAUACAGGAGCGACUCCAUUCUACCACUAUGAAGAAAAGCGGUGUUCCUCUUCUUUUGGGUAUCAUCUUCCUGACUCUGACUGGUGUUCAAGGAACUCCAACAAUGAGGAAUGGACGCUGUUCCUGCAUCAACACCAGCCCAGGGACCAUCCAUUCAAAAUUCUUAAAGGACCUUAAACAAUUUGCCCCAAGCCCUUCUUGUGAGAAACCUGAAAUCAUUGCUACAAUGAAGAAUGGGGAUCAAACCUGUCUAAACCCAGAUUCAACAGAUGUGAAAGAAUUGAUUAAAGAGUGGGAGAAACAGGUCAACCAAAAGAAAAAGCAAAAGAAAGGGAAAAAAUAUAAAAAAACCAAGAAAGUUCCAAAAGUUAAAAAAUCUCUACAUCCUCCUCAAAAGAAGACUACAUGAGCUACCAUUUUACCAGCAAGUAUUUUGUGUUAAAAAGUUUCUUUUUAACUAUACUGAAAUAAUUCCAAAAAGGGAUGGCAUCUUAAUACAUAAACUUGUUGAUUUGAACUAGAAAAUUUAAAGCAUUAUUUUGAAAUUGUAAUUAAAGGUAGAAAGUUGCUUUUAAAAUCCAAAUGUGAAGAAUUGUUAGAGGCUAGAGUUUAUCUUUGUUCUUCCACCUCAGACCAACUGAAUUUCAUCAUGCUUAAGCCCACAAUCUCAGCAACACCCACAUCUGGACAAAUGUCCUCACAACCACAUCCCACACACAACAGCUGCCUGGGAGAACAGCUGUAGUCUUCCUAGGACUCCAGAGAAUAUACUGAGGCACACGUCAGCAGGCCCCAGCCUGACAGCAUGCUGGUAAGCCGAGCAGUUUGGAAUCGAGCUGGACCUCACCAAGCUGCCAUAGCCAUCCAGCGGCAUCUGUAUUUGAAUCUGCCUGUGGGCCUCUUAUACAAUGCAUCUGAGAUAUUCAUGCUGGUUGUUUCUGGGGAUCACCACUGGAGAACACUAGCAAUUGGCUUUCAGAACCUUCUGUCUGGUUUUGAGGCCAUGUGACUCCAUCUUGCCUGCCCAGGGUAACCGCUUUAUUCCUUUCUGUUGCCUUUGCUGCAGUCAAGCCAGUUCCUCACCGUCCUACCACAAUUCAGUGCCUGCCCCCUCUGCUACACAGGUCAUGCUCUCACUCACCUGCGUCUACUGCUUUCUCACUCUUUCCCCAACACCCCACAGAAAUACCUCCUUCUCUUCACUCAUCCUCACUUGAUUCAGUCUUGAAGCUCAUUUUAAUCCUGCCUCUUAAAUAAAAUCUUCUGGAUACUUGGAUUAUUUUAAAACUCCUAUUUCACUUCUGUUCAGUACCAUACAGGUGAGCACUUAGUUGUUUUCUAAUUAUUUUUUGUCUGUUAAUUUUAACUCUCCCACAAGAUUGUCAGCUCCUUGAGGGCAGGGGACACAGUUUAUUCCCCCGAAUUCUGCCACUGUGCCUAAUAUACUGUGGAACUAGGUUUCAAAUAAUUUCUUGAUUGCAGUUGUUACAGGUAGGAGGGCAACCAGACCAUCUCCUCAAAGCAGGAGCUGGCUAUUUAUUGGCUACUCCAUAUAUCUAACCCCUGGUAACAUCUUCUACUCAUUAUCCUCAGGCCAUUAUCACUUUGGGGACUGGGGGUGAUGCAACAUCCUUGUUUUCUUCUGACAGGAUGUUAACUUGGCCUCUCCAAAAGAUAAGAAGGAAAUGUUUAAAUCACUUAGGGAUAUUCUAAACUGUUGUCAUUAAGCAUACAGGAAACUUAGAAUCAUAGAAUCUUACAAUGGGAAGGGGCUUUAGAGAUCACCCAGUGCCCAGCCUUUCCCCACCCAAUAUAAAAAUUCCUUCAAUACCAUUCCUGACAAGCCUCACUUUUCUAUGAUCUUACGAGAAAGCCACCAAGAUCCUUUCAAAAACUCAUUUUAGGUAGAUAUGAAUUUCAUUGUCAGUUUAACUUGUUUCAAAGUUUGUAAAGUAUUGUCAUUAUCGAUUACCACAGCAGCUCUCAUGAAGAAAGGGGGUAUUAAGUUACCAAGAGCUAGAGGGAGCAGUAAAUCCUGUUAGUGGAAGCAUCGCUGGUGCCCAGUUAGCCUCUGCAGGGCUUGAAAACCCUCUUAAAGAGGAGGUUCUGAGAACUCUGUAAGAGAGAAUGUCAUUGGCCAGAAUUUAAAUCUAUGCCUACUUUCCCAAUUUUUGUCACUCCUUACACUGCAGAUGACUUUCAGUGCUUCCCAGUGGUGAUCCCAAACAACUUCUUAACUAGUCAUGAAACUCUUUAGCUCCUUUCGUGUAACUCCCCCUGAAAAAUCUAAAUGUUUCAUGGUCUGAGAGUCUGACCCAGUUACCUUGCAUCUCACUGGUAAAGUGGACAAUGUAUAACUGAUACCCAAAGACCGCAUGUUUUGACUAAGUAGCUAUGACAUAUAUAUACAUGAUAAUCACUCAUCAUUUAUGUAUACAUGUAUACUCUCUAAGCAAAUAAUUAAGUGCAAAGCAGUAUUGACAUAUAUACCUUGUACUUUGAAAUCUUUUCUUUGUUAAAAGACAAUGCUAUCA